AAUAGACUACACUCACCUGUGCGUGAGGAUUGGUCGGUUGCCUAAAUAGAUAAAGGUUCGUCCGCCAGGAGGUGGCAUAGCUAACAGACAAGUUACGGAGCUCAGCUGUGUUUGGAGAAUACUACAAGUGCGUCUCUGUUUGUUUUGUGUUUUGCCGUUCAUCCCGACCAAGAGAAAAAAAGCCAAAAUGUCGUCUGGAGAUCUGAGUGGCGGGAUGAAAUGUCUGAAGUAUCUCCUGUUCCUGUUCAACCUGAUUUUCUGGAUUGCAGGUGUGGGUUUGAUCGGCGUGGGUAUCUGGGUGCUUGUUGACACCGGAACCUACAACGUCCUGAAGCUGGCGGAAGUAAACACGCUGAUGCUGUACCUGGGAGGGUACGUCCUGAUCGGCGCCGGCAUGGUCACCAUGAUCGUCGGCUUCCUGGGCUGCUUCGGCGCCGUGAAAGAGAACACCUGUCUGCUGGGAACGUUCUUCAUUUGCCUGCUGCUCUUGUUGUGCUUGGAGAUCGGCAUUGGUAUCUACUCCGCCGUGCAGAGAGACCAGUUCUAUGGCGUGAUUGAGAAGGCGAUGGAUGGUCUGUCCAAGACGAACUACGGCGACAGGGACCAGGCCUCGCGCAGUGUCAUCGACUUUGUGCAGAAAAACCUGGAAUGUUGUGGCAUGAACUCCACCACCAACUGGGACCCCAAGCCGGCCUCCUGCGCAUGCACCAAAACCGUCAGCUACUGCAGCGCUUCAGGGAACUCAACAACAACGAACUGGAGUCGGCCGUGUGACGUGCAGGUGCGGAUGUUCCUCAUGGACAGUGCUGUCAUCAUCAUCGGAGUGGCCUGCGGGAUCGGCGCCAUUUUGGUGCUCGGAAUGAUCCUGUCCUGCUGUAUUAUCAGGAGCAAAGGAGGGUCGUCGGACGUCGUGUAGCUGACGUACCGGAAAUGGAUGUCACGUCAUAUCCUGUAUGAUAUAGCGGAAGGCUUUGUACUAUUUUCUACAACGCGUAAUGCCUAGUGGCGCAGUUGAUAAUACAGCACUGUCAGCAACAACUUCCGUUGAAACAAUACCUUGUCGUUUUCUUGCUUAGUUAUUUUACUUACACAUGUAUUGGCAGCUAGUUGUAGAUCGAAUCACUUUCAUUACCUCAAAGAUAGGUAUCAUAAAUUAUUGUUAUCUCCAAGUAUCUAACUCAAACUUUUUGUAUUUUAUUUACUGUUUCGAUGAGACUAGUAUCUUAGCAGGCUUUUACGCUACGUCAAAUCUUAUUUAUAAAGUUAGAACUGGGUAAAGCGUAAAGAAGAAAAAAACUGUACAUACACCUGUACUUUCAACAUUUCUAUGAUAUAUGUACAUUCAACCUGUGACUAUAGAUAAAAGCAAAGCUACUUAUGAUAAUGAAAUACUUUUGAACCUUAUGUCAUUUUCUUGAAAUAAAAAGAAAGAUG